CCACACAUUUCCACUCCAAACUAAAAUUCUCCACUCUCUGCAAUGGCUGCAACUAUUUCCGCAAUCUUUCUGAUAUCAUUCUCUAAUUUCUUGCUAAUCAUGUCAUUAGCAACGAAAAGCAGAGCACUCGCCGGAGGUCUUUACGCUGCCGGACCAUGGCAGAGUGCCCACGCUACUUUCUACGGUGGCAAUGACGCCUCCGGCACAAUGGGCGGGGCGUGCGGUUAUGGCAACUUGUACAGUCAAGGCUACGGCGUGAGCACGGCGGCGCUGAGCACAGCCCUGUUUAAUAACGGCUACAGCUGCGGAGCUUGUUUUGAAAUCAAGUGUGUGAAUGACCCACAAUGGUGCCACGCCGGUAACCCCUCCAUUUUUGUCACAGCCACCAAUUUUUGUCCUCCAAAUUAUGAUCUGCCUAAUGACAAUGGCGGGUGGUGCAACCCUCCUCGCCCUCACUUCGACCUCUCCAUGCCUAUGUUUCUUAAAAUAGCCCAAUAUCGCGCCGGCAUCGUCCCUGUCUCCUUUCGCAGGGUGGCAUGUCGAAGGGAGGGAGGGAUGAGGUUUACGAUAAAUGGGUUCAAAUAUUUCAAUUUAAUAUUAAUAACCAACGUGGCAGGAGCCGGAGAUGUUGUGAGUGUGAGUAUUAAGGGAUCGAAGACAGGGUGGAUGAGUAUGACACGUAAUUGGGGUCAAAAUUGGCAGUCAAACACCGUUUUGGUUGGUCAAUCACUUUCGUUUAGAGUCAAAGCUAGUGAUGGUCGGGUUUCUACUUCUUCCAAUGUUGUUCCUUCUCAUUGGCAAUUUGGUCAAACUUUCACUGGCAAAAACUUUUGAUCCUUACUUUUGGAUUAAAACAAAAAUUAUGGAAUUUUUAUGUUGUAAUCAAAUCAACUUUCUUUUUCCAGUGGGAAGUUUAAUCUUCUUAAGUUACUGCUAAUUAUGUCUACUACUAUUUUUCAUCA